GUGCUAUCUCCAUCUUCAGUUCCAGAGUCCUUUGUUUCUGUCCAAGAACAAAUGGCACAGAAUGCCUAUCAGUAUCAACAACAAAAGGCAGAAAUGACAUCCAGGCAGCAGAGAAGCACAUCUGCAGAAGAGACAAAGAGAUCACAGGACAGAGAAGUAAACAUCACUGAAACCCUGUGGGACCAGGUGCUGAUGGCCUUUAAGGAUAUACAGAAGGAGCUGCAGGAAGAUGCUCGGAUUCGAGGGAUGAGCUCCACGACGCCCAUGUCAUCUGCACCUAGGACUGGAAGCAUCAGGCCUCCUGAUUGGGGGAUGACCCCAAAGUUGAGAAGAUCACAGUUCAGCACUGGAGACCAGCCAUCAGGAGCCCGUGCCCACAACCUAAAGACACAGCUCUCUGGUCAAUCAGCUUACUACCCUGGGCCCUAACUCUAUAACCAAGGAAGAAGGACCCCUCUGCUUCUGCCAAGCAUUUCACCCAGGUGGCCUUUCCCCAAGCUCCACCCUGCCUACCUGCUAUCGUCAGAAACACAGAUCUCACAGGUGCUCAUCCCAACAUGGGAGAGCAGCGGUCCAUGCAGGUGAUUUGACAUCUAGAACACAGCUUCAGUGGCCUGAAAUAGAGGUGUUAGAAAGACAUCGUC